GGCGCCGCCCGUGGCCGCGGCUGCGCCGGCGCCGCCCGCCGCUGCCGCCCUGGGCGUGCCGCGCAGAAGAGAGGCCGCGGAGGCGGUGGCCCCGAGGAGGGCGAGGCUGGCGUGCCCCCCUGCGGGCCGUGAGCGGGCGGGCGCGCCGCGGGCUUUGCCGCGCCUUGCGGGCGGCCGGGGGGCGGCCGCGGGGUGUGCAGAAGGUCGGGGCGGCCGCGAGGCCGUGCGCGCAGAAGGCUGCGCGGUGCAGCACGGUGCACGUUCUGCCUUCGCGCGCGGCGAGCGCAUCCACACCCGCGCCCUCGCGGUCGGAUUCCGGGGCGCGCUCCCGCAGAUGCGCGGCCGCACGGGUUCACGUUCCGCGCGGGGCCUCCGCGGAGAAGCGCUUCGGGUGCGCGGGCUCGCGGCCGCCCCAGGGGCCCGGCCCGCGAGGCCGCAGAUACGGAUGUGUGUUUUUCGCCCACGGCGUUUCUCGGGGGUCGGCGGCAACCAUAGGGGGGGAAGAGAGGGCGGCACGAGCGUAAAGCGUGGAGCGUCCGCGCGGAGUUCUCUGGACGUGUGCGCGCCAGGCGGCGCCUCCGGCGCCGCCCCCCCGCCCUGGGCGGCGCGCUCCGCGCGCCAAAGAUUGGGGGGUCCAGCGGCGAUCCAAGAGAUCGGCGCGGGCCUCCGGAAGUU